UUUAAAAUUUACUUUACAGGAAGAAAAAUAUGGAAACAUCAUUAGCUCGACAAUUAAAGAAGUUAGCUGUUCCUCAGACUUCUUUAUUAUUUCCAGAGAGAGUAAAAAAAUCGUUUUUAUUCGAACCUUCUGAAAUUGCUAAUUUAUCAAUAGAUGAAAUUUAUGAGAUAGGAAUUGGCGGUAUUAAAGCACUUCAGAAUGUACAAAGAAAGUUUGAAGCAUUUGAAUCAUUACUUUUUAGUGAAAAAUCUAAAAGUUUUGAAAGAUCUGUUCAGACUGCAGAAGUUAAUGCCAAAUUAGAUUCAAACAUCAAUGAAUUUUUGAUUUUAUUAUCACCUCAUUUCUUUUUGCGUCCAGCUCAUAAAGCUUUAGAAUGGUUAGUUUGUAGAUAUCACAUACAUAUGUUUAAUGUUGAUGCUCUCAUCUUCUGUGUUUUGCCUUAUCAUGAAACAAAAUAUUUUUCACGAGUUUUACAAAUGAUAGAUUUAGAUAAUCCAGCAGGAACUUGGCAUUGGUUGAAACCCAUACAGAAAGCGGGUGUGUUUUUACCAAGAUCGACAUUAUACACUCACUGCUUUGCAGAACCGAGUAUUUUGAAGUUGAUAUGUGAGUUAGUACCUAAUGCUAUUAAUGUCCAUGGUGAAAAUAGUUCUAAUCUGAGAGUAAUUGUUUCGUUUUAUGCAAUGACUGUUGUCGGUACAUUGGCAAAUGCCAAUCGUGUAACAGAAUCUCUUUUGUCGACGUUAUUGCCAUAUAUUUUAAGAGGUUUAAAAUCCAAAAACAAACACUAUUGUAUUUCUGCUUAUUUCAUUAUUUAUCAAUUAAUUGGAAAAUGUACCAUUCAAGAAGAAUUAUUAGCAGAGAUUGUUACGAGAAUUACCAAGAAUUUAUUUCCUAAAAUAAUGAAAGUAGGAAUUUUGUGCCUUUUAAAUAUUUAUCAACACCAACAAAUAAAAACUUUUCCUAUGAAAGCUCUGUUUGACAUUAAGAAUAAUUCACACUUCUUGGAUGCAUUUGAAAGUAUGUCAAAAAGAUAUGAUUUAAUAAGAAUUAUAGUUCCUAUACUUCAAAAGUUAAUUCCUUCUGCUUUAAAAGAAAAUGUUAUCAAAACUAGAAUAUGCAAGAAAAAAUCACUAUUUGAAUUUCUCAAGUCUUUUUUAGACACAAUAGAAUUACCGAAAGCUGCUGUCUUAGAAUGUGGAAAGUUACUAUUAAUGCAACAAAGAAAAAUGAACAAGUUAAAAACAAAGAAGAAAUCAAUAAAAAUGAAAUUGUUUCGAAAUAAAACAAGCUCUAUUUUAGCAUAUUUAGAGAAAAGAUAUCCCGACAGUAUUGAAGAAGUAUUAGAAAAAUAUGUUCAGAAAAUGCCUAAAAAAUGUCGUUUAAUCCAGAAAAUUUUAAAUUUGUCGCUUUCUAAUUCUAAACACGAGAUAUCGUCCGACACGAAUGUUAGUUUGUUUUUAGGUGUAAAUCAUCCGACUGAUUUUAUUAGAAUCGUAUCGACAAAGACAUUUGUUCAGAAAGUCAUACAAAAAGAACUAACGGAUGAAAACUUUAUAAAAAAUACCAUCAUAUCAAGAUUGGAAGAUAGACAUCCCGAAAUUGUGUAUUUAGUACUUUCCCUGGAAAUGAAUUUGUUUGAAAUUGUUUCUGAAGAUGUGGUUUUUAGGAUAUUUGUUGAUUUAUUUAACAAAGAUGAAGAAAAUUCUGAUUGGUUUAAAGUUCAAAAUAAAGCAAUGGAACUCUUAUGCAAUCAUCAGUUUGAAAAUAAAGUACAGUUUUUAGCAGUUAUUUUUUCACAUCUCAUAUCAAGAAAUUCAAAGGAUUUGAAAAUUGUAAAAUCCAUAUUAACAUCGCAUAUAAAUAAAAAUUACUCAUUAUUAUUAGAUGCCGCAGUUCCUGUAGAUACUAUAAAUAAGAUGAUGGAAGAGAAAAAUUUACAAAAUAUUGUAUAUUUAAACUGCAAAAUAAUAGAAAUGAUUGGUCAAUCACUAUUAAGAAUGGAAACACAACAGUGGAAAAUUUUGAUUAAUCUCACAAAAACAGCAUCAUAUCUGAAGGCGAAAGAAUUGCCUUUGAAUGUAAUUAUUGCUCUGGUUUAUGAGUUCCUGAUAAAGCAUGAAGCGAAACAGGAGAAUCAACUAAAUAUUGGUUUUGGAGCUAUAAAAUAUUACUAUUUCCUUUUAAAAACUAAAAAAUUAUCUUCAUUAAAGAAUGCCGAUAGUUUUGAAGAAGUGAUGGAGCAAUGGAUAAAGUCGAGAAAAAAUAAAUUUCCCUCGAACUUGCUUAUAUAUUGUUUAAAUUCUUUAGUCAAGUGUAUUAAAUACGAAUUUGAGAAAACAGCACAGUGGCUAAGCUGGGAAUCUACAGAAUUGAAGAACAAAGAGAGAAUACUUUUGCAGCUCUUUAAUGUUUUUACUGAACAAAUGAAUUUAGUAAAUUCCACUUUAAAGGAUGAAUUUCAACGACUUUUUGCUGAAUUUUUGAAGCUGCAACUACCUAUUUUAAAAGAUAAAUUAAUGUUUCUGUCCUCGUUAUGGUCUACAAAUUUCUUGAAGUUACAAAGUAAGGAUUUGUUGUUAUCUAUUUCUUCAGUCCAGCAAAUACGAUCAUUAAUCACUGCAGGGAUUAUUGUUUCUAAGUCUAAAGAAUCUACAGAUUGGAUAUUCGAUAAUGGCUCUACAGUGUUUCUCUCACUUUUAAUUGCAUUAUCAUCGGACUCGGAAGAAGUGAGAAAGGCGUGUUUAAAUUUUCUUCAAAAUGCAAUAGAAAAAUGUACCAGAAAAGAUAUUAUCUAUUUUCAGCUUGCUAACAAAAUUUUGCAGAAACAUGAAGCAAUAUUAUCAGAUCAUGAGCAAUUUUUUCAAAUAAUAUCAUCAUGGUUCUUGUCGCCUAAGGAUUCUUCUGAAAAAGUUAACCGACUACAACUGAUUGUAUGUCAAUUAUAUCAAGAAAAGAUACCCAAUUAUAUAAAGCAUGGCUUAUUAUUUGUUCUUAAAGAUACUAAUUCAAAAGAAUUAUUAUCAUUAUUGCUGCCAUUUGUGAAAUCAAGAUUAGACACACUAGAACAAGAACCAAUUACUUUGGUCGAUUACGAGAUGUGUAACCUCUUAUUAUCAAAGUAUUCUCCUUCCAUCGCAAAUGUAAUUAAUUCAAUUGAUUGCGAAGCUUUUAUAAUAUUAGAAAAAGCCUUUAAAAUCUCAAAAGUAUGUGAAGAAAAUAAUAAAAACAUUCAGGAAAUAACCUUCAGUAUUUUUACUAAAGAUUUUUUCUUUAACAUUCCAUCAAAAUCUGUCCAACAAAAGUUAUUUUCCGAAUUAAUAGAUUUCUGUCUGAAUUGCAUUGAACUAAAGUGUAAAAAUUCAUUGAGUAAAAUUAUAAGAAAGUUAUGCUAUGAUGCCAAUUUAUUGGUUAGCGAAUUGCAAAAGUUUAAUGAAAUAUCAGUCACAACAAUGAAGGAAACAAAAGGAUUAAGGUAC